CACACACACAACACCGCCUGGCGAGCGUCGCGCAGCGGCACACCUGCUCAAAAACGGAAGGGCCCGGUUGGACCCACGGGGCUCACGCACUCGCUCGGGGGCGCCGCCUCACUCUCUGCGCCACUUUUGAGGCGUGAGGGCCGGUGAGGCGGCGCCCCGCGCGGCGCGUUCCUCGCCCUCCACGCCGUCCCUGCGCACGUGUGGAUAUGGCGCGCCACCGCGCGGUCCGAGGCCUGGCCAACACGUGGCGUGACGAGCUCGACGACUUGGAAUACCAAGACGACGACGAGGACUGGGCGCCGGCGAAGCCUGCCAAGCCCGCGAAGCCAGCAAAGCCGGCGGCGGCGCCUGCUGCUCCCAAGCCGUUUGUCUCCAAGAAGGAGCGGCAGAGACUGCAGCAGCAGCAGCAGCAGCCACCGCCGCAGCAGCCGCAGCAGCCGCAGCAGGAUCCCGCUGCGACACCUUCGGCGCCCGCGCUGCCACCGGGGCUCAAGCCGCCGCCGGGUCUGUGCGGAAGCGCGGCGAGCUCCUCGACGGCUGAGGGCCCUCCGUCCGAGCCCUCGCUCGAGCACCUCGUGCUGGGGGCCGCCCCUUCCUCUCCAGCCGCCUCCGCCUCCUCCGCCGCCCCUCCCCUCCCGCAGCUCAACCUCGUCGUGGUGGGGCACGUCGACGCCGGGAAGUCGACUCUGAUGGGCCGUCUGCUGCUGCUCGCGGGCGACGUCGACGCGCGUGCGCUGCACCGCUGCGAGCGCGAGGCGGCGGCCCUUGGCAAGGAGUCGUUUCGGUACGCGUUUCUGCUCGACCACGGCGCCGACGGAGGGAGCGAGGCUCUAUAA